AUGUUCCGUGGCCGUACCAGGGCCGGUAUCGACACCGGUGUGAGCGACUCAAUUUCUCCUCCACCAUACACAGCAUCCGACUCGAGAGCUGUGGUCCCGGAGGAAAAGAAAAGCGGCUACAAAGUCUUCCAUGGCCGCAUCAUCCACAGCAAAUCCCUCAAGGAAGUCGAGAUCCUGCCCCGGGCAAGCCUGGGUGUCGACGACAAGGGCACCAUUCGAUUCCUAGACACCAGCACCGCCUCCGCCGCCGAGGCCUGUGCCCUUUACCCGGACUUCGCUCACGCCGAGACGGUCACUCUGAAACCCCUGCAGUUUCUCUUCCCGGGCCUCAUCGACACGCACAUGCACGCGCCCCAGUACCCCAACAUGGCGCUGGGCAUGGAGGGCGACCUGAAGGAGUGGUGCGAGAACUGGACGGACCCGAUGGAGGCGUCGUACGCCGACACGGCCAAGGCGCACCGCGUCUACGGCGAGAUGGUGCGCAAGGAGCUCGAGAACGGGAGCACCACCGUCGCCUACAACUCCAGCAUCCACCCGGACGCCACCAACGUGCUGGCCGACACGUGUCUGGCUCUCGGCCAGCGCGCCGUCAUCGGCAAGCUGUGCAUCCUAGUCGGAAGCACCCACGGUAACUGGGAGAAGAGCGCCGAGCAGAGCAUCGCCGACGAGGCCAAGGUCGUCAAACACAUCCGCCACAUCGACCCGGCCGGGGACCUGGUCAUGCCGUGCAUUCAGCCCCGAGCAGGGUCCUACGUCCCGCCGGAGCUCAUGGCCGGGUUGGGCGACCUGUACCGCGACCACGACCCGAUCCGCGUGCAAGCACACAUGUGCGAGACCCCCCUCGAAGUGCAGAACAUGCACGCCCUGCACCCCGGGUUCGCCAGUUACGCCGACAUGUACGACCACUACGGCCUGUUCGGCCCGCGCACGAUCCUGGCGCACUGCAUCCACCUGACGACGCGGGACAUGGAGGUGAUGGCGGCCCGGGGUGUCGGCGUGGCCCAUAACGCCAACAGCAACACCUGCCUCACCGACGGCUGGUGCCGCGUGCGCGAGCUGCUCGACCGUGGCAUCAAGGUCGGCCUGGGCACCGACUGCUCGGCGGGCUACUCGAUCUCCAUCCUCAACGCCAUGCGCCAGGCGAGCAACGUGUCGCGCCACCUGACCAUCUCCACGGGCGACCCGGCCUGGAAGCUCGACUUCGCCGAGCUGGUGUACCUGGCCACCAUGGGCGGCGCCGAGGUGUGUGCGCUGGACCACAAGGUGGGCAACUUCGCCGUGGGCAAGGCCUUCGAUGCCCUCCUCGUGGAUGUCGGGUUGGACGACAACAUCAACACCAACGGGUUCGAGCACGACGACAUGGCGCUGUUGAAGAAGUGGGUAUUCAUGGGCGAUGACAGGUCGAUACGCAAGGUGUUUGUGGGCGGGAGACUGGUGGCGGGAAAGGAUCUGAAAGAGUAA